AGCCUUUGGUUUGUAUCAACAUGGCGGCGCCCGGGAGGCAUGUAGGACAUUACAUCCAGAGAAACGGACGGUUUUUGACUAAUAACUUGGAGCAGCUGUUUAGUCACAGGAGUUUUGGUUGGACUCCAUCUCUGCGACAACAGGCUGCAGAGGCUCAUAAAGAAUCUACAGAGACUAUUGUCAUCCCCAGGAAGAAAACAUGGAGCAAAGAGGCUGUGCUGGAGGCUCUGGCUUCGACUGCCAGCAGGGAUCCCACAGCGUACAACUACCAGUUCCAGGAUGACCCUUACCUCUCUCCCAGGACCUCUAAUGAGUUUAAGUUGUACUCUCUCUCUCAGGAGUCUGGCAGGUCUGCAGCCAAAUACUUUGUCAACAGUAACCCCAAGUUCUUCACUAAAGACUUUGCUGAACCACAUAUACCAUGUCUGAUGCCAGAGACAGUGUCGCUGCGUCUCGAGGAGGUGAGCGAGGAGGCACUGAAGGAACGAAUCAGCCUGAGGAAAGUUUCAGCAGCUGUUGACAUGUACGACCAGCUACUUCAAGCUGGUACGGCAGUCUCCAUGGAAACAACCCAUGAGCUGUUAGAUCUUGUCUGCAUUUACUGUGACAGAGACCCUGUCCAGGAGGGGGCACCACAGACAGAGGAAGCGGAGGGAGGAGAAGAGUUGAAGAGGAGGAGAUCUAAGAUCCGUCAGACUUUAGACUCCCUCAAGUCGACCUGGAAAGAAAACAACAACGCAGAGAGAAUCUUUAGCGUGCUGCCAGAGAGAGACACACGGUGUUACUCUGCUCUGAUCAGAGGAAUGGUGAAGCAUGGAGCCUAUGCAAAGGCCUUCAGCAUGUACACCGACUUGCUCAAUGAGAAACUGACAGCUGACGUCCACAUCUUCAACGCACUGAUCUCAGUGGCUCCAAGUGUCAGAGAAAAAUACACUGAGAGAUGGGACCUGAUCGAAGAGUUGUUGACCCAGAUGAGUCAACAUAAAGUUCAGCCCAACCUGCUGACGUUCAACAGUGUCCUCAAAGCACUGAGACGCUGCGGCUCUUUGGCCAAAAUGAAAUCUUUACAAUCUCUGAAUGAGAUGAAGGCUUUGGGAAUAGCUCCAAGCCUGGCCUCCUUCGACCACAUCCUGGCUAUCUUUUACAAAGCAGCCUCCUCUGGUCAGAACACUACUAGCAUUUUGCAGGAAAUCGUGUCAGAGCUGAACGGAAGCAGUUUCACUUGCCAGGACCCUGGCGAUGUUCUGUUCUUCACCAGUGCAAUGAAAAUAUGUCUGGACACUAAAGAUCUGGAGCUGGCUUAUAAAGUACAGAGUCUAGUAGAAGUAGGGGAGAACUGGAGGCUGCUGGGAGAGCCUUUCCAACAGAGUAUUUACUACGGUCGCUUCUUCAGCCUGCUGUGCGGGAUGGAGCACAUCGAUGUCGUGCUGAAGUGGUACAAACAGCUCAUUCCCUCGUUGUACUACCCGAACAUUCAGGGACUUAAAGACCUGCUGCAGGCUCUGGACACAGAGAGUCGCCUCGAUUUGCUGCCUCAGAUAUGGAAAGACAUCCGGUCUCUGGGUCAUGAUAAUAAGUCAGAUCUGGUGGAGGAGGUGCUCAUGCUGAUGGCCAGAGAGAAGCACAGUCCUGAGGUUCAGGAGUCGUUUGCAGCGUGCGCUCUGGUUAUAAAGGGUGUGUUUGCUGGCGACAGGGGGAGGCUCACUCUGGAGUGGAGCACCUCCUCGCUCACACACAUCACCUCCUUGCUGCUGCGAGCCAACAUGACCCAACAGGCCUGGGAGAUGCUGCAGCUCUUCAAAUCCAAGAACAGAGUUCCUGCUGAGAACCUGUUGAAUCACUUCCUGUUGGUGUGUCAAAGCAGUGACUCUCCCCAGAGAGCAGUGGACCUGGUUCAGCUGUCGGCCGCCUUCUGUCUGCCAGCCACAGCAGAGAUGGCAAAGCGAACCCUGGCUGAGUUUAAUCUGACAGAGGAGCAAAGAGCUGUUUUAUCUGAACUGGAGUCUGCAGCAGAGACCUCUGACUGAAGGAGAGAACAUUGGCGGAAUUGCUUUGAAACCAGUAACUAAAUCCGACAAUAUGACACAUCUAUAGACUGUACUUAUUUGUGUUUGUGUAAUAAAAUAUAUGUACAAUUCAAUCUAAA